AGUUCCUUGAAUUAUAAAAAGAUAAAAUGCAUAAUUAAUGCGUCCACAUCGUGCGACAGGCACUGAUGUAGUCAAUCUAAUAAUUCAUGGAUUUUUCAUCAAGCGUCACUGUCAUUUUUGGUUUUACUCAGAGUGGUUAAUCGCAGUUUUUCGUUGUUCUCAGUUUCAAGUUUUCUAUUCAGUUCUUCGUAAAUUUCGUUGGUUGUUAGUAUUCUUGUUUCGUUGUCCUAUUUUCUGUUUUGUUAUCGUGUCUCUUGUUCGUGUUUCGUCUACAACAUGCCUAGCAAACCUUUGAGAUCUCAUGCCCAGGACAUGGUGUUCAACUUUAAAGAGUAUUUUGCUCUUGAUAAGGAAAACGGUGGUCCUUUAAUCUCAUUAAAUGCUAUAAAACAACGAGUUGCAGAUGCUCUAGGCGAAACUCGCCAAACGGUUUCGAAGAUUGAAACUCGAAAAGAAAGACUGGGCGUGCUUCCCAGUCCAACAAAAUCAAGGCCCAAUCGGAAACCGCCGAAAACAAGAGACCUGCCUAAGCCUAUAAAAAUGGAAAUCCGCAGCACAAUUUAUGACAUGUGUAAAAACAGUAGGUUCAAGAAAUCCCAUAGAUACAGUUUUGUAAUAACCACGGUCGUCUAGAUAGAUAACGCUUGACGCGUUAUGUGGCCGUCCC